GGUUGCUUCAAUCUAUGAAACCGCCCAUCCGCACGCUCCGCUCCAGCUCCUCAACUCGUUGAACAAGACGUCAAGCUUUCAAGCUUCGAGGGGAUCACCACGUGUUUGAAUCAAAUCAGGUCAAAGUGACCGUUGAACCACAACCUUUGUUCAACAAGAUGCCGGUCUAGCAAAACGUCUAAUCAUACUAAAUCUUUAAUCAUUCUGACAUUCAUUCCUGCAGUUUUUAUCGCGCCCACAUUUACAUAUACAUAUCAUCAUACAGAUCCUCAAGAUGCGCUCACACGGCGCGGUCAGACCAGAUCUUCUUCCGCUUGAUUGCAACCUGCCAGAACCUAUGGUCUUUCAUAUGUAAUACGGGUGUCAUACAUCAAGAACCACGUUCAAUAGCCUAUGCCCUGGAGCAUCUUUCAAGGUUCGUCCCGUUCAUCGCCAAUUUGCGGAUGCAUUCUUGGACCGAGACUUGUAAUAGGCCAUGUUCUCAUGAUAUUCCGAUCUAUCGCACAACAUCAUGCCCACCAAGAACCCCGUCUUACCCAAUACCGUCAGUCGCUUUGGUCCUUCUUUCACCAUGCAUGUUUGGUCGUUAUCUUUGUAUAUCCCAUUCUUGCUGAAACUAUUCAACAUAUCUCAUAUGAUGGCCACGUCAGAGCUGUCUGGAUCGAUUGAAAUCCGUUUUAGGGAUAGGACAAGAACGAUGAUGAGAACCGGUCGGAGCCGGCAAGGGCAAAUCGAUGAGAUGGGCGUUGUUUGUGAAAUGGUUCCCUGAUGCCACAUGCAGCGCAUGAUUUGCCAGUACUAGAGUUGACUUUCCCUGGCGAACGGUAUCACUGCUCCACCGGCCAUUGAGUUCAAAGCACCAAGUCUGGCCGCUUCAUAGCCAACAGCACUUACUUCCUACGUUCUAGAAUGUACCGGGGCCUUGAUUAAUGCAGCCGAAUGCAGGGAUGCC